AUGGCGGCCUCGGCAGGCAGUGGAGGCUCCGCCGUGUCGGUGUUGGCCCCGAACGGGCGGCGCCACACGGUGAAGGUGACGCCGAGCACCGUGCUGCUGCAGGUCCUGGAGGACACGUGCCGGCGACAGGACUUCAACCCCUGUGACUAUGACCUGAAGUUUCAAAGGAGUGUGCUGGAUCUUUCCCUGCAGUGGAGAUUCGCCAACCUGCCCAACAACGCCAAGCUCGAGAUGGUGCCCGCCUCCCGUAGCCGUGAGGGGCCUGCGGACAUGGUUCGCAUUGCACUGCAGCUAGAUGACGGCGCCCGGCUGCAGGACACCUUCUGUGCAGGCCGGACUCUCUGGGAGCUUCUCAUCCACUUCCCACGGACCAGGGAGUGCUUGGAGCAGCUGGGUGAGGCGACCCCUGUCUGCGUCUACAUGAGGGACGAGGUGACUGGCCCUGUCGCCUUGCGGACAACAACGCUGCAGUCCCUAGGCCUCACUGGGGGCAGUGGCACCAUCAGGUUUGUCGUGAAGCCGUGCGGCUCAGCCAGCAGGCCAGAGCCCGUGGGCUCCCGGAGCAGGGCCUCAGGAAGUCCAAUGCCAUCCACUUCUGCCGAGCAGGCCGCCGGCCACCUUGUCCUGCCCCUGGACACUGAGGGGCUCAGCGGAGGUGACUUGAGCCGUCCGGAGAAUGAAGGUCCCUCCGAAACUGCCCAUGCAGGUGGCCGGGGCCUGAAGCCGCCGGACCGUCUGGAGAAACUGGACGUGAAGGCGCCCCCCCUGACCCCUUUUGUGCCCUUCUCGGGUGGGGGCCAGCGUCUGGGUGGCCCUUCUGAGUCUGCACGCCCCCUGGUGUCAUUGUCCACCAAGUUACUCCAGCCCUUUUCUAGCCCUGGAGGGCCAUCUGAGCCAAAGAAGUCAAAGCCUGGUCCGGAGUCCCCACAGGAGCCUGAGCCGCCUGUGGACCGAGACGCGGUGGUAUGCCACCCUGACCUGGAGGAACUGCUGGAGGCCUGGCCCUCGGAGCUGCCAGAUGAGUUCUUUGAGGUGACUCUGGAUGACGUGCGGCGGCGCCUGGCUCAGCUCAAGAGUGAGCGGAAGCGCCUGGAAGAAGCUCCCUUAGUGACCAGAUCCCACCGCGAGGCGCAGAGAAAGGAGAAGCUGGAGCGUUACCCCAAGGUAGCCCUACGGGUCCUGUUCCCUGACCGCUACAUCCUGCAGGGUUUCUUCCGGCCCAGUGAGACAGUGGGGGACCUGAGGGACUUCGUGAGGAGCCACCUGGGGGACCCCGCGUUGUGCUUCUACCUGUUUGUUGCCCCGCCAAAGACCAUCUUGGGUGACGACACAAUGACCCUCUUCCAGGCCAACCUCUUCCCUGCAGCCCUUGUGCAUUUUGGAGCAGAACAGCGGGCAGACCCCUACCUGGAUCCCAGGCUGCUAGAGCACGCCAUCUCCCCGUCGUCGGCUGACGUGCUGGUGGCCAGGUCCAUGGCCAGGGCCACAGAGCCUCCACCUUCACUGCCGAUCCCCGACCCUGGGCCCACUGAGCCCACAGAAGAGCUGCUGGACACCCCGGAACCUGCCCUGGGGCUGACCCAGCCUGUACGGAGAAGCGUGGGCAAGGUGCCCAAGUGGCUGAAGUUACCAGGUACCUGGGCUGGGCUGGGGGGCCGGGCAGCAGCUCAGCGCACACACUGA